AUGAUCGAGAGCCCGCAGCUGCGGUGGGCGUUCAUCCGUAAGGUGUACGUGAUCGUGUCGAUGCAGCUGCUGGCGACCAUCGCCGUCGCCUCCACCGUCUACCUCGUGCCCGACAUCCGCCGCUUCUUCCUGGCGCGCACCCCGGCCGCGCUCGCCGCCUUCGUGCUCAUCAUCGUUGCCCCCAUCAUUGUGAUGAUCCCCAUGAUGUGCCUCCGGAACCGGCACCCGAUCAACCUCAUCCUCCUCGCCUUGUUCACCAUUUGCAUGAGCUUCUCCGUUGGGUUGGGCUGCCUCUCGAGCAAAGGCGGUGUUAUAAUCGAAGCGGCAUUGCUGACGUUCGUGGUGGUCUUGAGCCUGACGAUUUACACAUUCUGGGCGGCCAAGAGGGGCCACGACUUCAGCUUCCUCGGCCCCUUCCUCUUCGCGGCAUGCCUCAUCUUGAUGCUCUACGGGCUCAUACAGAUGCUGCUGCCGAUGGGCAAGGUGGGCACGACGGUGUACGGGUGCAUAUCGGCGCUGGUCUUCUCCGGGUUCAUCAUCUACGACACGGACAAUCUGAUCAAGAGGCACACCUACGACGAGUAUGUCACGGCAGCCAUCGCAUUGUACCUUGACAUCAUCAACAUCUUCAUCGCCAUUCUCACUGCCCUCAGAGAAUGA